UUUGAUAACGCAAGCUAGCGAAAAGGGGCAAAUAUGACCUUAGCUAGCAAGCAGUACACCUAACCAGCUAGUACGUAAACAACAACGGUGGCAGAAUUAUGAAAUGGUUUGCCACUCGCGACGAAGAUGUUUGCGGAAGUGCUGCAAUCUGUUUUCAUUCCACGAGACAAACAUAUGUAUCCAAAGCUAGCUAAAUGGUCUUAUUAGGUGUCUGGUGCUGAACGUUCAGAGUAGCAAUGCUGUCUCUCAGGAUGGUCGCCUUAGUGGCGUCCCGGCUGGGCCCACUGCCCAAGUCCUGUGUGAAGUCAGAACUGUCUUCUACAUGGAGCUUCAUAGUGUCUGCAAAAAGGAAGUGUAGUCGCCAUGCCAACAGGGAUGCCAACAGGGCCUGGACGGGCCCAAGUCACAGCCAGACUGGCAGAAUCUCAGCCCAGGGAGAGAAAGUGAGUCUGGGGACAUUUGAAGACAAGGAUCCAGAUAUGGAGGAUGUGGAUGAGAAGAUCCAGGCUGUGCUCAGUGAAGAGAGGCGGCGCCACAGGAAACUGAAGUACCAUAUCAUUAAAAGGCAGAUGUCUGAACCCGGAGCUCCAGAAAGGAGGCUUACCUGGGAAGCCAUGGAGCAGAUCAGAUAUCUGAAGCGGGAGCUCCCAGAGGAGUGGACCAUUGACCGUCUGGCCGAGGGCUUCUCCGUCCACCGCGACGUCAUUCUCAGAGUCCUGAAGAGCAGGUUCACCCCCACCCCAGAAAGGAGGGCCAAGCAGGACGCCAGCGUGUGGGCCAGGUUGAGACAGCAGGCCCUGAACUGGGAUGGAGCUCCAGGGGGGAUGGGCAGGCAGCAGCUGGCUGGAGGUACUGUGGGGAAAGGCAUGCAGCUGGCUGGAGGUACAGUGGGGAAAGGCAUGCAGCUGGCUGGAGGUGGAGGUACUGUGGGGAAGGGCAUGCAGCUGGCUCUGCCUGGAGGUGGAGUGGUAGGCAGCUGGCAUAGCGAUACACCAGCCACGCUACCCACAGAAAGUGGCGAUGGAGAACUGGUCUCCCUGUCUGGUCAGAGUCUGACAGCCCAGGAGUACCCCAGUCAGCUCUCCGUGUCCCCAGCCUGGCACAGCCGACAUGCGUCAGUGCCACGGCACCCUCAGCAGGAAGAGGAGAGCGCUGCCGAGCACAGUAUGUCGGGAGAGAUUCAGGAAGACUUCUGGCUGGACGAGAGGUGGGAUGGAAAGGUGUUUUCUGAGGAUGAACUGGAGGAACUGAUGGUGUCAGCAAAACCCUCGCUUGUGGUUCAGAAGGGAACAGAGUUUUUUGACAGUGACGGGAAUUUCUUGUACAGAAUCUGAUGUUGAGAUUUCUAUAGUUUUUGUUCAGUGAUUUAUAAAAUGCAUUAGUGUCUAUCUGAAAAUGCCAGGAAUUGAUCAUGCUGUAUACUAAAUAAAGUACUAUUUACAAUGGA